GGCGCUGAAGACCAUCUAAAGUUCCACUCUGCUCAAUGUGGAUUUCCUACCCCCACCCCCAAAUAUAUGUCACCAGUGUCAGUGUCAUUUUCUGACCCUACACCAAUGCAUGGCACCAUGCCUCCAUAUAAAGGACCCUCAGUACAGUCUUUGCUGUGAGUUCACACCAGUUUUCCAUCACAAAGUGAACUGAGAGACCAUCUACCAUUGGAAGGCCCUGUAGAAGUAUCAGCAAAAAAGGACAUCUUUCACUGAAUGACCAUCAGAAGGCUCUUGGUGGCUGAAUUUCCACUGAUCGUAACAAACGACUGGUGGCCUUAGUGCCCAUGCCCAGCGACCCUCCAUUUAAUACCCGAAGAGCCUACACCAGUGAGGAUGAAGCCUGGAAGUCGUAUUUGGAGAACCCGCUGACCGCGGCCACCAAGGCCAUGAUGAGCAUCAAUGGUGAUGAGGACAGCGCUGCCGCCCUCGGCCUGCUGUACGACUACUACAAGGUUCCUCGAGACAAGAGGCUGCUGUCUGUAAGCAAAGCAAGUGACAGCCAAGAAGACCAGGAUAAAAGAAACUGUCUUGGCACCAGUGAAGCCCAGAGUAAUUUGAGUGGAGGAGAAAACCGAGUGCAGGUCCUAAAGACUGUUCCAGUGAACCUUUCCCUAAAUCAAGACCACCUGGAGAAUUCAAAACGGGAGCAGUACAACACGAACGUCCCCGAGAGCCCAGCCAUCGUCCCUGUGUCAGGAAUCACAGUGGUGAAGGCCGAAGAUUUCACACCGGUUUUCAUGGCCCCACCUGUGCACUAUCCCCGGGGAGACGGUGAGGAGCAACGCGUGGUUAUCUUUGAGCAGACUCAAUAUGGUGUGCCCUCCAUGGCCAGCCAUAGCACCUACCUCAAGGAUGACCAGCGCAGCACCCCGGACAGCACUUACAGCGAGAGCUUCAAAGACGGAACCACAGAGAAAUUUCGGAGCGCUUCAGUUGGGCCUGAGGAGUACAUGUAUGACCAGACAUCAAGUGGCACAUUUCAGUACACCCUGGAAGCCACCAAAUCUCUCCGUCAGAAGCAGGGGGAGGGCCCCAUGACCUACCUCAACAAGGGACAGUUCUAUGCCAUCACGCUCAGCGAGACAGGGGACAACAAGUGCUUCCGACAUCCCAUCAGCAAAGUCAGGAGCGUGGUGAUGGUGGUCUUCAGUGAAGACAAAAACCGGGAUGAGCAGCUGAAAUACUGGAAGUACUGGCACUCUCGGCAGCACACGGCCAAGCAGAGGGUCCUUGACAUUGCUGAUUACAAGGAGAGCUUUAAUACGAUUGGCAACAUUGAAGAGAUUGCGUACAAUGCUGUUUCCUUCACCUGGGACGUGAAUGAAGAAGCAAAAAUUUUCAUCACUGUGAAUUGCCUGAGUACAGAUUUCUCCUCCCAAAAAGGAGUGAAAGGACUUCCUCUGAUGAUUCAGAUUGACACAUACAGUUACAAUAAUCGUAGCAAUAAACCCAUUCACAGAGCUUAUUGCCAGAUCAAGGUCUUCUGCGACAAAGGAGCAGAAAGAAAAAUCCGAGACGAAGAGAGGAAACAGAACAGGAAGAAGGGGAAAGGCCAGGCCUCCCAAACCCAGUGCAACAACUCCUCUGAUGGGAAGUUGGCGGCGAUACCAUUACAGAAGAAGAGCGACAUCACCUACUUCAAGACGAUGCCUGAUCUGCACUCCCAGCCCGUCCUCUUCAUACCCGAUGUCCACUUUGCCAACCUGCAGAGGACAGGACAGGUGUAUUACAACACAGAUGAUGAACGAGAAGGCAGCAGUGUCCUUGUGAAACGGAUGUUCAGGCCCAUGGAAGAGGAGUUUGGUCCAGCACCUGCUAAGCAGAUGAAAGAAGAAGGGAUGAAGCGAGUGCUUUUGUACGUGAGGAAGGAGACGGACGACGUGUUCGAUGCCUUGAUGUUGAAAUCUCCCACCGUGAAGGGCCUGAUGGAAGCGAUAUCUGAGAAAUACGGGCUGCCCGUGGAGAAGAUAACAAAGCUUUACAAGAAGAGCAAAAAAGGCAUCCUGGUGAACAUGGACGACAACAUCAUUGAACACUACUCCAAUGAGGACACCUUCAUCCUCGACAUGCAGAGCAUGGUGGAAGGCUUCAAGAUCACGCUCAUGGAAAUCUGAGCCCUGCUCUGGGCAGCAGCCCUCAGGGCCCUCCUCCCCGGGGGAGCCCGAGGCCCCGGCCCCAGGGCCCACAGACCCACCUCACCCAUCUCACAACUGCUGUUACACGACUGCGCUGGGGAGGGUGGGGCGAGGCCCACAGCCCUGGGUUCGGUCGAGCGUUUGGCCCACCUGCCGGCUCCUGCUGUGGAGCAGGAGCCAAAGCCCGAGCCCCUCGGGAAAGGGCCUUGCGCCUGUCACAUCCUUAUUUAUUGUCCACCUUUUUCCGGAGCCUGGGGCCCAGGCCCGCCAGGACUCUGCAGGUCAGUGCUGGCUCCAGGUGACACCGUUCCAGAGCCCUCCCCUUGAUCCAUUCAUCCCAGAGAGCCUGAGGAGGCUCACCCCUGCCAUCUCACCUCCCCACGUCUUCUCAGUGGACGGACAGAACAAGCCGUUUCCUUCGUCAGGGGUGGGGGGAGAGGUGGACGCCCCUUCCUGGUUAGAAACCUUCAGGCUGCUCUGGGGAAGCUCAUCUUGCUGAUACGCAGCUGAUUCCCAGCAAGUGGCCACCAGGCCAUGUACAGGAAGACCUGCAGCCACUGUGUAAUUAGUAAAUAACCUAGAAGGUGUGCCUGGCUCUCAUGUACAUAGUGUUUAUAAUAUGGCAAUAAUAUAUUUUACCUGUGGUA